AUGUCGAUUGCUGAUAAAAAUUUGGAUCAUAAAGUGUUUGAGAUUGGCCACAGAAACCAGACUGAUAGAGAGAGCAAGAGAUUGAGAGACGGAGAGAGAUUUCCAUCAAAAAAAAAGACAGAGAGAGAUCGAGAGACGGAGAAGAACAGUGAAGAACCAGAUCGAGAAGAGAAAAUAGAUGAGACGGAGAAGAUAAGAUCCGCGUUUGAGAACAUUGAAGAACAUGACUUGUAUUGUUUUGGUUAUAAAGAUGGUACAAAUGGAGAAGCUUUCAUGGUUGAGGUUAGGAAGAGUCCAAGACUUAAUAAACAGGAUAAUAAUCGUGUUAAUAAGCCUGAUAUGAGACCAAUAGGACUUGACUUUGUGCAUGAAGAGCAAGUUAUUUCUACACAAGCAUCUGUUGCGGACAACCAUGUGCCUUAAGAGCAAGAUAUUCCAACACAAGCUGUUGCAGGGAAUCAAGUACAGGGGUAUGUAGAUGGCCAGGUGAAUUUUCCUAAUGUACAUACAGAUGAGUGUCAUCCUGAUGAUAGGCCUGAGUUUAUGUUUAAGAGUGUUAACAGUUUUUUUUAUGUAUGAAUCCAUGGUUUUAAAAUGUAGACACAAUCAUGAUUUUAUUUCUUAAUUCAUGAGUUGACAUAAUUUCAGUUUA